AUGCCCUCGCACCACGACUCGUUUUCGUCGCUGUCGACACGGCGGCGCGAGGCCUCGCGAAGUCGCGACACUGCGUCUGUUGUGUCGCGCCCGUUCCAAUUGGACGCCAACGAAACAGAAAUGUUUUCAGGAGCAGCGUCUCAGGUAAUUCCCUCUUCGAUCUCCUCCUUCCACCAUAAUAUCCCGCAAGCAUUUCCCUCGCCCGCCUUUUCGGUGGUGUCUGCGCACCAUGACGUGGAUGACUUUGAGGAAUUUUCGCUGCACCGGGCAGAUUCCAACGUGAGCCAGCAGGAUUUCCAGGAGCGUGCUCAUUUCAAGUUCUUUACCACUCAACAGAUAGAAGGAGCAAAAGGAGCCUCUUCCCAGAUACACAACCCAGAAGGGAUGCUUGUUGAUUACGACACCAAUUGGAACACCUAUGCCGACGAGGUGAAUCUGCGGCGUAUGUCGAUGAGAUAUUCGAACGCUUCUGUUCAUAGCGCAACAGAUCUGGCCUCUUUACCCGUCACCAGCUACGGUUCCACCCAUACGAGCGAGGAGUAUCCUGGUGAGGAUGCUGACUUGUCUUCGGAGCACGAGGAAUGGGAUUUCAAGAUGAAUAUACGCACUGAUCGAAAACAUCACGAUAAGCUCUUUGGAUCCAAGUUUCCUGCAAAAAACACCAGCCAGCGGUUCUAUCUCGCCGAAGAGGACCUUGUUAUUGGAAUCGCCGGGUACUCGAGCUCUCCGUUGAAGCUGAUUUCAUAUUAUUUGUUCGUGGUGCUGACUUUGGGACUUGGCUACGUUGUUCUUCGGUGGUUCCCGCGACGUCGUAUACGCAUGAUGGGGUCCGAGACGCCGCUCGCCAAGGCAGAAUGGGCUGUCGUGGAGGACGAGUACGGUGUGCUGGACAUCGUCCCGGUCAAUCGCCACUGGUAUAACCGGUCGUUGUCCUCGUUUCUCACGAGCUCCCAAAAGGACGAUAAGGACGACUACAAUUUGGAACAGACAGAUCCUGUUGUUCCAAUUCUCAUCACGUUCGAUUACAGAUACAUGAAGUUCUUCUACGACCCGAUCGAGGACCUGUUCAAGCUGGCCAACAGCUGGAUCGACACCAAGUGGUGUCAUCUGCCGGAGAAUAAGAUCGGUUUGUCUGAGGAUCUGUUUAAGAGCAGACGUUUGAUAUUCAACGACAAUCUUAUUGACAUUAAGGACAAGUCGGUGAUGCAACUGUUGGUGGACGAGAUUCUGCAUCCGUUUUACGUGUUCCAGGCCUUUUCGAUCCUCCUGUGGCUCGCAGACAACUAUUACUACUAUGCAUUCUGCAUUUUCCUGAUUUCUGUGUCGUCUGUGACGGAGUCGCUGAUCGAGACACGAAGCACAAUGAAACGGAUGCGCGAGAUCUCGCGGUUCGAGUGCGACGUGCGUGUUUGGAGAAGCGGGUUCUGGAAAGAAGUGAGCUCGAAAGAGCUAGUGCCGGGCGACGUUUACGAGGUGUCCGACUCGUCGCUCAACUCGUUCCCCUGCGACGCGAUCCUGCUUUCUGGUGACUGCAUAGUCAACGAGUCGAUGCUGACGGGUGAGUCAGUGCCCGUGUCCAAGACCCCGAUUUCGUUAGAAACCGCAGCAGAGCUACAGGACGAGUUCUCCAGCACAAAGUUCUCUCCCAAACUCACCAAGUCGUUCCUCUACUCGGGAACCAAGAUUGUGCGGUGCCGGCCUGGCGCGAACUCGGACGAGGCUGCCAUGGCCCUGGUGGUCAGAACAGGCUUCAACACCACCAAGGGUGCGCUUGUGCGGUCGAUGCUGUUCCCGAAACCGAGCGGGUUCAAGUUCUACCAGGACUCGUUUAAGUACAUUGGCGUGAUGACGGUCAUUGCGCUUGUCGGGUUCAUUUUCUCGGCCAUCAACUUCAUCAAGCUCGGGCUCGACUACAAGACGAUCAUUCUGCGUGCGCUAGACCUGAUCACCAUCGUGGUUCCGCCUGCGUUGCCCGCCACGCUCACCAUCGGCACGAGUUUUGCCAUUUCGCGGCUGCGCAAGAAGAACAUCUUCUGCAUUGCGCCAACAAGAAUCAACGUUGGAGGCAAGCUCGACGUGAUGUGUUUCGACAAGACCGGCACCUUGACAGAAGAAGGACUCGAUCUGAUGGGUGUUCGCAUCUCCGAGCCCAUCAGAGACCGCAAGGAGCGUGCGUUCACCGAGCUGUACUCUCAUGUUGACCAGCUAUUUAACCAUACGACCAACACCCAGGCGUACAAUCUGUUUCUGACGAUGCUGACGUGCCAUUCUCUGAAAAACAUCGACAACGAGCUUGUUGGCGACCCGCUCGACGCGAAAACGUUCGAGUUCACCGACUGGGAGAUGAUCGAAAACACUAACGACGACGCCGUGCUCGAAGACUACGUGCAAACACACAAGUUCAGUGGCCAUGUGUCUCCUGUUUUGUUGCGUCCAAGGGACAAGCUGCAAAACAACGUAUUAUUUGUCAAGCUAUUUGAGUUUGAGUUUGUCUCACAGUUGCGGCGCAUGUCUUCCAUUAGCCAGUGUCUGUCCAACCCUUCUGUGCUGAGCGUGUUUGUGAAAGGUGCUCCCGAGGUGAUUGAGGACCUGUGUUUGCCGGAAACCAUUCCUGUGGACUACCGCGAUCUGUUGCACGAAUACACGCAUAACGGGUACCGUGUGAUUGCUUGUGCCACCAAGACGAUGCGCAUGCCGGACCCGGCCAACAUGAACGACCUGGACUUUCUGAACGAUCUGUCCCGCGACAACUGUGAGUCGGACCUGGAGUUCAUUGGGUUCCUGGUGUUUGAGAACAGACUGAAAGGGUCCACCAAGACGUCGUUGAAACAGCUCAAGGACGCCGAGCUGCGCACGGUCAUGUGCACGGGAGACAACGUGCUCACGGCGGUGAGCGUGGCGCGCGAGUGCGAGCUCGUGGACCACGGGUGCAAGGUUUAUGUGCCGUCGUUCGAGGAGCCCGAGGACGAGGCCCAGAUUCCAAUUAUUUGGACAGAGGUGGACGAUCCGGACCUGCAACUGGACCCAGUCACGCUGGUUCCGCUCGACAUCAACCAGACCGACGACUAUUGCAUUGCUGUCACAGGAGACGUGUUCAAGUAUAUUCUGACAGAAUUGAGCGAAAGAGAGCAGCUGAUCCAGAAGAUGCUGAUGAAAGGAGCCGUUUUCGCGAGAAUGUCACCAGACGAGAAACACGAGCUGGUGGACCGGUUCAAGAGCCUCGACUACACGGUGGGCUUCUGCGGUGAUGGUGCGAACGACUGCGGUGCGCUCAAGGCAGCCGAUGUGGGUAUUUCGCUCAGCGAGGCCGAGGCGUCGGUGGCUGCUCCGUUCACGUCGCGCAUCUUUGAGAUCUCGUGCGUUCUGGACGUGAUCAAGGAGGGCCGUGCGUCGCUCGUGACAAGCUUCUCGUGCUUCCAAUUCAUGUCGCUGUACUCGGCAAUCCAGUUCAUCACUGUCACCAUGCUGUACAUGGAAGGAACCAACCUUGGUGACUUCCAGUUCCUGUACAUCGACCUGUUCCUGAUCAUCCCGCUCGCCGUGUUCAUGGCAUGGAGCAAGCCAUACGCGCGGCUGUGCGCCAAACGCCCCACAGCCAACCUGAUGUCGCCCAAGAUCCUGAUCCCGUUGCUCGGCAGCAUCUGCAUUCUACUGGGCUUCCAAUUCUCCAUUUGGCGAUCUAUAAAAGACGCAGACGACAGCUGGUACAUCCCGCCGGUCCCAGGAAACGACGACGAGGUCCAGUGCACAGACAACACCGUGCUGUUCCUGUUUGGCAACUUCCAGUACGUGAUAGUGGGGGUGUUGCUGACGGCCGGUCCGCCGUACAGAGAGUCUGUGACCAAGAACUUGCCGUUUGUUGGAGCCGUGGUGCUCACCACGCUGCUCUCGGCGGGUCUCACGUACCUUGACAACCACAGCUGGUUCGGAGACCUCAUGGAUAUCACCUACACGCCGGGUGGGGUGAAACUGACCAUUUUCGUGGCUGCCGCAAUCAACUACCUGCUACUGGCGGGGGCCCGGAAAAUGGUGUUUGGCAGGCUUUCCAAGCUGUACAAGCGGCUGUUUGGCACUAAAGGCAGCAAGAAACUGUUCAAGAACCUCAAGCGCGAGUUCAAAGUGCUAUGCUGA